AUGUCGGUGCACUACACCCUCAAUCUGCGCGUCUUCUGGCCCCUGGUGACCGGCCUCUGCACUGCCCUCGUGUGCCUCUACCAUGUCCUGCGGGGAAGCGGGGGCGCCCGGGCCGAGCCCCCCGACGGUGCGGACGGCGGCUUCCCGCUGCUCAAGGUGGCCGUCCUGCUCCUCCUUGGCUACAUCCUCCUGCGCUGUCGCCACGCUGUUCGGCAGCGCUUCCUGCCAGGGUCUCCUCGCCUGGGGAGCCACCCGACCUUCUCUCCUAGACACUUCCGAGAGCCGAGUCUUGGCAUCUUGCUGGAGAGUUACUACGAGCACGAGGUGCGCCUGUCCCCGCACGUGCUGGGCCACAGCAAGGCGCACGUGAGCCGAAUCGUAGGCGAGCUGGUGCGGGCUGGCCGCGCCCGCGGGUCCCCCGGCCCCAUCCCUGGCGGGGCGCUGGCGUUGGCCUUCCGUGGAGACUUCAUCCAAGUGGGCAGCGCCUACGAGCAACACAAAAUCCGGCGGCCCGACGGCUUCGACGUGCUGGUGCCGCUGCGUCUCCCGCCGCUGGUGGCGCUGGAGCCGCGGAGCCUGGGCGCCGAGCCCGCGCUGGCCCCCGCCUUCCGCGGCUGCUUCGUGUGCGCCCUCAAGGCGCCGCCCGGGGCCUCCGGGAGCCACUGGCUGCGGGACUGCAAACCCUUCGCCGACGGCUUCUGCGUGGACGUGCUCGGGCGGCGUCACCUCUCUGCCGCGCUGGUGCUGCGCUGGUUCCAGGCGCACCUGCAGCGCUCCCUGGCCACCGUGCGCUACAGUCUGGAGGGGCGUUGUCGGGUCAGCCUGACCCCGGGCGGCCUGGAGCAGGCUCCCACCCUGCACAUCCUGCCCUGCCGCACCGACUACGGCUGCUGCCGCCUUUCCAUGGCAGUGCGUCUCAUCCCCGCUGUGCAUUUGGGCGACGGCGUUUUCCUCGUGGCACCGCCACCAUCCCCCUCGCCCGUUGGGCCUCUGUCGGAGCUCCCUGGAGGCCUGCGCACGGAUGCACUGUGGGGUGUGAACACAGCUCGGCAGGAGCAGAAGCUGCUGAGCUGGCUGCAGGAACGGGCCCCUCCAGGUGCCUGCUACCUCAAGUGCCUGCAGUUGCUUAAAGCUCUGCGAGACCUGGGCGCCCGCGGGCUGGACCCGACGGCCGCCACCCAGUGGGGACGCAUCCUGUCCUCAUACAUGCUCAAGACAGUGCUGCUGGCGGUGCUGCUGCGGGAGGGGUCUCCUGCUUCAGGCUGGGACGAGGCGCACCUGGGCGAGCGGUUGGAGGAGUUAGUGCAGUUCCUUAGGGACUGCCUGCUGAGACGCCAUACGCUCUUCCACUGCGUCCUGGGCCCUGGUGGGGCGGCUGCCGAGGUGGGCCCGCUGCCCAAGGUACUGCGUGAAGCUGCCCCCGUUGAUCUCCUGGCUGCUUUCGACAGGCACGCCCGGGAACUUGCAGCGGCGCGGUUGCUGUCCACCUGGCGAAGGCUGCCCCAACUUCUCCGGGGCUACGGGGGUCCUCGCUACCUUGCCAGGUGCCCCCCACCCCGGAGUCAGCGCACGCAGGGGUUCCCUGAAGAUCAGCCAUAAACCUUGACAGUGCCCCCACCCGGCCUAAUGCUCCUAAAGCCUCUCCCACCAGAUGGGGUGGGGAUGGCAACGAAGCCAGUUUAAUGCAAGGAAAUGAGGUGCCAAAGGUGAUGGAAAAUUUGGCGGGUGACGUAUGGUGGCUUAUAUGUCCCCCCUGACUCCACAAUCCAGCGUAUCCUUAGCAAGCUACAGAAAGACCUCCAACACCAGCAGCUAAGAGUUGGUUCAAAUGUUGGUUUGUGUGGAAUGAUUCUGCAAAGGAUCCAGCUUUUAGGGAAGCCCA